UUAUCUCGACACGGAGUCAGAUUUCGCUGGCUAGCUUUGCUACAGGACGUCAAUCGGUGCAAAGUUUGUUUCUCGUUUACCUCAAACUACAUGAAAUGGGCAGCGUGCGGACUUUCGACAGUGCCACAACUCUAACAGUGUGCGAAGGAUACGAUGUGACGAAACAAGAGCAUUAUUUUAAAAAGAGAUGCAACUGUUGUGAUUGUUUCCAUAGAAGGUGCACUUUCCGUGUUUGGCAAAUUUUGUUGUUCCUCUUCGUAAUAGCGGUCAUUAUAGCUGGACUGGUUCUAGUGAUCCUAAUGAUGGAAAAUGGGAAAAUAGCGUCCAAACAUUCUGCUCUAAAAGAUACGGAUUCCCCUAACGGCACAGGUUGCGAGAGUACAAAAAAACCAACUGGUGAGGCUACAACAACAGGAACUAAAGAGGGCACCACUGCUCCUGGUAAAGAAACAACACCAGGCAAACCAACUGAGCAACAAACGACUGUUACCACUGCUGAACAGACAACUCAGGUGACAACUGGUCAACCCACGACAGGUCCUACAACUACAAGACCUACAACUACUAAAGGGCCAGCAACUUCCGCACCGUCAACUACAAAAGAACCCUCCACCACUGCAAAACCUACAACUCCCGUUACCACUCGAAAGACAACUGGUCAAACAACGGCCACUACAGCAGCAGCAACUACCGCAUUACCGACCACACAGGCACCCACGACCAUCGUCCCCAGUGACAAGACUUUCUUAGAAUGCGGUGUAGCUAUAGUUGGAGGGGGAACUGGCGGUCUACUGAUGGCUUAUGCACUUCUUGACAAAAAAGACGAAACAAACGAGACAAACGUGUGUGUAUUUGAGAGAGAAGAUCGUCUUGGAGGAAAAAUCUUUGAUUUCAAUUUUACCCAAGCACCAGACGUUGCAGUGGGACUUGGGGAGUGGAAUAUUCACGGUGACGGCCAAUUCGAACAGGAGCUCGAAUACCAUCUUAGUACUUACGCUGACUCCUGGACCCGAAAAACGCGUCGUGUUGAAGCUCGAGGUGUGUUUGCAGACAGUUUUGAUGUUCUGAAAUCAAAGGCCUUUCCAACUUUGCUGGAUCGCGUUCCAAUGAAUAAUAAAUCACUUGAGAAAACUGCCGAGUUCAUUUACGAUGCUGCUAGAAAUUACACGCAGUUCUCUACAGCGGAAACUUUCCUGUCUUACGAACUAUCACCCGAGGGAGCAAAGUUAAUGGCAGAAACUUAUGACUUUAUGGGUGACUACAUGCAAGCCAUAAACCCACUCAGUUACAGGACAUAUCUCAAGAAAAAGAUUUUCGUCAUAGAUGCGAGAGACGACGACAGACGACCGAACAAAGGUAUGUCAGAGUUAAUCACAUCCCUCGCAAAAAAAGUGCGAGAACGCGGUGGUAAAAUCUACCUCAAAGAGACGAUAACCUCAAUUGAUAAAAGAAAGGACAAGUUUGUUCUUCAAACUACCAACUUUACUGUGAAAGCCAACAAGACUGUAAUCACCGCUGGACCAACGGCUCUCAAAAAGAUAAACGGUGACGUCAUGCAAAACAUCACAGGUCACGACAUCUUUAAGUCCAUCGUAACCGUGCCCGCGUUCCAUGGAGCAGCGGUGUAUAAAGAAGCAUGGUGGAAUGACUCAAUCGCUGCUCAAAAAAAUAACUCCCUGCAACCUUUGGACAUGUUCAUUUCAAGCAGCAACUGUCUGGGAAUUACCAUGCCUUACAAUGGUGUUGGUCCUAACGGAACAGCUGUGCUGCAUACAAUAGCAAAUAACGGAGGAUGCAGUGACAAGUGGGGGAAAAUCCUGCAGAUAUCUCCCAAAGAAGUUGACAAAGAACUGAAGCGAGCUCUGAAGUACAAGUUUCAAAGACAGGAUGUGCCAGAUCCUUUGGAGACUAAGUACAAGUACUGGGACGAAGGAUUCUGGUUUCUACAAAAGCCUGGUGCCAACUUCUCCUUAGAGGCCGUUCAAAAUUGGACCGUGCGACCGCUGACCGGACAGGAUGUAUUCUUGGUGGACAGAGCAUUUUAUAGUUUCGGCGGAUGGCUGGAUGAUACUAUUAAAUCAUCACUAGCUGCUCUAAAACAGGGCUGGAACUUAGAUUUUACACUUUAGUAAUAACACUACACAGAAAUGGUCAGGAUAAAUGGUUUCAGUCGUAGCGACUUUGAUAAAAUGGUUUUAGUCUGAGCGACUUUGACAAAAGAAUGUUCAAAGGGAGAGAAAAUAACGAAUUAACAGUUGUAAUAUAGAUUGUAAUGAUAGUCGUAACCCCCCUUUCUCCAAAACCUUUGACGAAUAUCAAAUAUAAGUCAAAACAGGAUAGUAAAGCUUUUCUGUUUGAGGUAAAAAAAAAAAAAAGAAAGGUCAAAGAGGUCUCCGGAAUUGUGCGAUUUUUUCUGCAAGCCCAAACGAAAGCGGGUUUGCAUCUUUUGCACCUUUUUCUAAGUUAGUCCAAAUAUACUAUUAGUUAAGGUAAUCAACAGCUAUUAUGCAACAAAAUGUCAAGAUGUCCAUAUAUGGUCAUCAAGUCAGUGUAAACUACGGUAGCCUCACUUCCAAAUAUGGUAAACUAUGUUCUGUCCGCUCAAAACAGAUAUCCUAUGAUACCUAUACGUAGUUUGCCAUAUUUGGGAAACAGUUUGUGUUAUGAUUUGUAUCACGAAAGCGCUAGAAACUCUAAGUUAUAACGUAAAAAUUAGUAGAUUUCAUCUAGGAAUGAGCUAAUAAAGUGUUAGAGAAUAUAAACGAUAUUUCGCGUUAAGAUAGUACUCUUGCAAGAUGAAUAAUCAAAUUUAAUAAGAACUUUUCACGGUUUCUGACGCCAUCAUGCUUUAAGGGACAACAAAAAGUACAGUGAAUAGGUGGGAAAAGUUAAAAGUUCGAUGCCCAAUAAGUUGAGAGUGAUUGACCUUCCGAGUAUUUUAUGAGUUACAAAGAAAAGAUACCCAGCAGAAGGUUUUUUUGGUCAAAUUUGAAGAACAUAGAUUUGCCGCGAGGAAUUGCACUUUUCAUUUAUCAUGCAAAUGUCUCUUAAUGUUCCCGCGAUUUCCGACUCGGUUUUACAGACAAAUAUAUGGAAAAUGGAAAAAUUUGGUAAUGGCUUUUCUAGUGGGGCUAUUUCCCUCAAAUGCGAUCAGUAAAUUUUUUUUCCCCGUAUCUUCAGUUUUUAUUUGAUAAAUACUUCAGAACUUGAAGUUUCCGUGAGUUGUUAGACAUUCAGUAGAUUCGGCAUUUCCCCCAUACAUUAACGGUAAUUUGUGUUUGCUCCCCAAGUAAGAUGGCCUCAGAAACCGUGAAAAGGUCUAUUGCAAUAAACAAAAAAAACCCGGCACAUCAUCGCCCCAGUUUUAUAGUUGGUGAAAACAGGUUUUUAGUAUAAAAUCAAGCUUAGCACUCCAGUAAAGUUUGUUACCUUACAA